AAACAUAACCGUUUGAGAGUAAAAGCGAUCAUGGGUUCUUCUUCUAGAAAUUUGUAUGCAGGAAUAGGUGAAGGGCAAUCAACCACACGGCCACCUCUUUUUGAUGGAACCAAAUACAUAUUGGAAAGAACGAAUGAGAAUCUAUAUUCGUUCCACGAACAUCCAAUUAUGGUUAGUUAUCAAAAACGGGGAAGAGGUGACGAUGAAGAAAGUCGAGGACAAAUUGAUCCCCAAGACCGAAGAUGAAUUUGAUGCGGAGGACAUCAAAAAGGUCGAGAAUUAUGCAAAGGCAAUAAACAUGCUUUAUUGUGCCGUAAAUCCUGAUGACUACCGCAAAAUCUCUUGCUGCUCAACCGCCAAGGAGAUGUGGGAUAAACUUGAGGAGCACGAAAACAUCGACGACAUGUUCGACCGAUUCUCCAAGAUAGUCAACGAUCUUCAUGCAUUGAAGAAGACCUACACCGACAAGGAUCUUGUGCGAAAGAUCCUACGGAGCUUGACAUCCGAAUGGCGAUCUAAGGCCGAUGCCAUCUAUGAGUCAAUCGACACAUCAAAUGUCACCAUCGACGGUUUAAGAGGUAACUUAAAAACGUAUGAAUCUACUAUACUUAACCCGUCUUUGAAUGACCAGAGAAAAGGCAUAGCAUUAAAAGCCUCCAAAGAACCGACAAUGAAUGACUCAAGCGAUGAUGAUGAAGUCAAGCUUGUCAUGAAGAAGUUUUGCAAACUUCUAAGAAAGAAAGAAAAGGUUGGGGAUGGCCCUGUGUGCUAUGGAUGUGGUGAAGCCGGGCACAUCAAGAACAAAUGCCCGAGAAACGGAAGGAACACUCGCCACUUCAAAAAGCAAAGAGCAUACAUCUCUUGGGGUGGCGACUCCGGCGACGAGUCAACCGACCAAGACGAGGAUGAAACUGCCAACCUCUGUCUCAUGGAACACGAAGACCAAACCGACAAUGAACAAGAGAAAGGACUAGGCUUUGAUAAAAACGAAUCUAAGGAAAGAAACACUGAGCAAACACCUAGACAACCUCCUAAGGCUCAACUUCAUCUCUCUUUCUUCAAAAGCAUCUCCACUAUGGCCGGAGGGAAGAAGACAAAGGCUUCCAAGAAGAAAAACACCGUCGAAGCCUCAAGCUUUGUGCCUAAACCAUUCCCCUAUCUCGAUGGAUCCUUCUUGGAGUUCGGGUCGGAGGAGGAACUCAUCCGGUUCCUCACGCACUUUGCCAAGCGUCCUAUUUCUCCGCCCAGGGUGCUGCUCGAGUUAUACCCUCAAAAAAAGGGGUACCAUGACCUCGACAAUCAGCUUCAAGCAUCGGGUCUGUGGUCGUUCGUCUCCAGGAGCCGUCAGUCCUACAAUCCCGCCUUUGUCCGGGCCUUCUACUCCAAUCUCUGCCGUGACGGGGACACCAUCCGUAGCAGCAUCAAUCUCUACGACAUACAGAUUGAUUUUCCUACCUCUGAUUGGGUCGCAGGGCUGCCCAUCCGUGGUGACGACAUCGCGACAUAUGCCCCACCGGACAAGCGCCUCCUCCUCUACAGCAUCACCUGGAUUCUUCGCCCCCGGGACAGCAGCCAUACCUCGCUCUUCAACGAGGAUUUGAAGGUGAUUCAUGCAAUCAUCCACGGCGCCUCCAUCAAUGGGGCAAAAUUUGUCAUGAUACACAUGGCAGAUUGCGCCUCACUCGCCACCGAGCGGAGCUUGCCAUACGCCUUCCUAAUCAUGGACAUCAUCGUCUCCGCCGAUAUCCACAUCGCCGGGCCAGACACGAAGAUAACGAAGCUUUGGAUGAUCGCCGACAGCACCUUCCGGAAGAAGUCCAGAAACAGAGACGGCGCAGGCCCAAGUCGUGCACCAGCCCCCGCUUCCGCCAAGGCCUCUUUGCAAUCCAUAGCUGAUACCCUGAAUCGGCUAACCCUCACAGUGGAUGGCAUGGGGCAGUCAAUCGAGCGGAUGGACUGGACGGUGCAACGCCAACACCACGACAUGAUGGCAUACUUCCGUGGCAUCAACUACGUUCCGCCACCUUUCGACAACACCAUUCUCGGCCAAAACUUUGAAGGCGAGGAUGAGGACGACGACUCUUACGCUCCGUCCUCCUCCCCGACGAGGCCGACUUUGAAGAUGCGAGAGUUGUGUCAGUGGCUCACACGCACAUCUGCUUUGCCUACCAUCAACGUCAUUCUCGAUCCCAAGUGCAUGCUCUAUCCGGAGGAGACAGAGCUGAGGAUGCGUCAGGGGAAUAUAUGGGAUUUCAUGCAAUGGGAGAAGGUCGAUCAGACCAUCAUCAUUGUUUUCUUGAGGCGUCAUUGGGUGUUAGUUGUAAUACGUUUGUUUGAAAACAAAGUGUAUUUCCUGAACUCAAUCAAGGCGACCAGAGGGCAUAAGCCAAUGAAAGUGAAGACUUUCGUCAACGAGUAAGUAUUAAGAAAUUUAUUUCUUAUUAAUGAAAUUCUUUAUUUUUUAAAAUAUUUAUUUCUUAUUAAUUGUUUUUUAAUGUAUUAAAGGUCUUGGUGGUUA